AUGUUCAAAAACGAAGAUGAACGAUUGCAAUUUAUCCUGUCAUUGAUUCGUUUAGAUUUCAAAAAUCAUUCUUCCAAGAGCUCUAAUUUGAAAUCUAUCAGAAGCUUACUCGAUCAAGAUUCUUAUGAUAAUGUACACAAAGAAUUUUUUUACCAUAUUUUUCAAUGGGAUUCUUCUUGGGCUUUUGACAAUUCGUACAAAGACGUCCCACCAAGUGUCAUAGAUAGUAUUCCUAUGAAUCCAGUGAAAUUAGUUUAUUCGUCGUAUAAAGAGUAUCAGAAAAUCUUUUUGCCAUUUAUCUUAAGUGAAUUUUGGUACACAUUGCGAAAUGAUAUUACCGAAGAUGCAAAGAAAAAAAAAAAACCAAAUACAAUAACUGCACCAAUCAGAGAAUCGUCGUAUGAGUUUAUCUCAGUAAACAACAAAAACAAUGAUUCAACCUGUCAGCUCACCCGAUUCAAGGUGACUGCAACAGUACCUCGUAACAUUAAUGAUAAUAAACUUGAAAAUAAGUAUCCAAGUCGCGGAGAUUUCGUCAUUAUUAAAUAUUCAACCAAAAAAACUGAAGAUUUUGGAUAUAUUGAAGAAGUUUCGAGAGGUGGAAAUCGACGGAGCGAACUAACAACGUUGACCUAUGUUAUUUUAACAAAACUCUGGUCACAGUCUAAACUAUCAGGCUCUGUAACUCUGGUUACUGUAGGCUGGAUUUUUUCGUAUUUAACUCACGUUAAUUCAUUAGAGAAUAUCUCUCAAUCGCCUUUAAUAAAAUCAAUUUUAAAACCAGAUAUUGAUUCCUUCCGAUUAAUGCCAUGUCUCACCACUCUACCGACUGUUACAGAAGACACUCUUAAUUCAAAGCAAUUGGAAAUUAUUUGUGACUACUGUGUAGAAAGUCAAACUCCUGGGAUAUGUUUAAUUCAAGGGCCACCUGGAACAGGAAAAUUCACUGUGAUUAAAAAUAUUAUUGCAUCUGUAUUGAGUAGGAAACUUACACCUAGAGUGUUAGUAUGUGCGCCUUCAAACAAAGCUGUUGAUGAAUUAGCCCAGAGAUUGUUAGCGAUUCAACUACUUAUGGAAGACCAAGGCAUUCCUUGGAAUAUUGUUCGAGUUGGUCGAGAAGACAAAAUUCAUAAGUCAGUUGAAAGUGUAUCUUUAUUGAAUCUUAGAAAGAGUCGAUUCGAUUCAGCAACGAGAGAACAAGCUGCAGAGGAACAUAUUUUAAACAAUGCAAAUAUAAUUGCAUGUACACUUACCUCUUGCUAUACCAGCUAUCGAAUGAAAGCUGUAUUUGGAACUAACAGAUUGAACAUACCUUUUUGUAUAAUAGAUGAAGCUGCUCAGGCUACGGAAAUUUUAACUUUAGUCCCACUAAUGUUUUCUAUCAACAGAUUAAUUUUAGUUGGAGACCCUCAACAGUUACCUCCAACUGUAUUAUCUCAGAAAGCAAAAAAAUAUGGGUACGAUCAGUCUCUUUUUGUAAGAGCGCAAAAAAUUUUUGAGAGUAAGUCCAAAAAUCCUGUUGUGAUGUUAGACACUCAGUAUAGGAUGGUGAAUGCAAUCGCGGAAUGGCCAAACCGAUAUUUUUAUCGAGGAGCGAUUAAAAACGCUGCUUCCGUAGCCCCGCUAAAUUUUUGCAAUUAUAAAGUUUUAAAUCAUUCAUACAGUCAAGAUUCUGAAGGUCAUUCCAAUCCAGAUGAAGCGACACUCGUAGUUGAAAUCGUUAAAGCUUUGAUCGAAAAAAAUAAAUCGAUAACCAGCGACAAGGAAAUUAGUAUUGGUGUCAUUACACCUUACAAAAAGCAAUGCAUGUUAAUUAAUGAUUUAUUGAAUCCACCUCAAGGGGAAACAAAUGACACACCGAAGCGAAAAAUAAUUGCAGUCAACACUGUUGAUAGUUUUCAAGGCUCCGAAUGUGAUAUUAUCAUAAUGUCGUGUGUAAGAAGCAAAGGCAUUGGAUUUGUUAAAGAUCCUCACAGACUUUGUGUUAGCAUCACUCGAGCUAAGCACAGUUUAAUUCUGUGUGGUAAUUUCAAUACGUUCAGGAUUAAUAAAACAUGGAGAAAUCUUUUAAAUGAUGCUCAGUCUCGUGGUUUUUACAUCGAUAUUUCUAAAGAUGGAAUUCAUGCGAUAAUAAAUCAUGUAGUUGUUAAUCAUUUCAAAGAUCAGUCUUCCAAAAGCUCUGAUUUGAAAUCUAUCAGUGUACGCAAAGAAUUUUUUUACCAUAUUUUUCAAUGGGAUUCUUCUUGGGCUUUUGACAAUUCGUACAAAGACGUCCCACCAAGUGUCAUAGAUAAUAUUCCUAUGAAUCCAGUGAAAUUGGUUUAUUCUUCAUUUCAGGAGUAUCAGAAAAUCUUUUUGCCACCUAUCUUAAGUGAAUUUUGGUACACAUUGCGAGAUGAUAUUGCCGAGGAUGCAAAGAAAAAAAAAAAACCAAGUACAAUAACUGCACCUAUCAGAGAAUCGUCGUAUGAGUUUAUCUCAGUAAGCAACAAAAGCGAUGAUUCAACCCGUCGUCUCACCCGAUUCAAGGUGACUGCAACAGUCCCUCGUAAUCUUAAUAAUAAUAAACUUGAAAAUAAAUAUCCUAGUCGCGGAGAUUUCGUCAUUAUUAAAUAUACAACCAAAAAAACUGAAGAUUUUGGAUAUAUUGAAGAAGUUUCGAGAGAUGGAAAUCGAUGGAGCGAAUCAACAACGUUGACCUAUGUUAUUUUGACAAAACUCUGUUCACAAUCUGAAUUAUCAGGUUCUGUAACUCUGGUUACUGUAGACUGGAUUUUGUCAUACUUAACUCACAUUGAUUCAUUAGAGAAUAUCUCUCAAUCGCCUUUGAUUAAAUCAAUUUUAAAACCAGAUAUUGAUUUCUUCCGAUUAAUGCCAUGUCUCACCAUUCUACCGACUGUCACAAAAGACACUCUUAAUUCAAAGCAAUUGGAAAUUAUGUCUCGAGUUGUGACUACUGUGGAAAGUCGAACUCCUGGGAUAUGUUUAAUUCAAGGGCCACCUGGAACAGGAAAAUCCACUGUGAUUAAAAAUAUUAUUGCUUCUGUAUUGAGUAGAAAACUUACACCUAGAGUGUUAGUAUGUGCGCCUUCAAACAAAGCUAUUGAUGAAUUAGUUCAGAGAUUGUUAGUUAUUCAACCACUUAUGGAAGAGCAAGGCAUUCCUUGGGAUAUUGUUCGAGUUGGUCGAGAAGACAAAAUUCAUAAGUCAGUUAAAAGUGUAUCUUUAUUAAAUCUUAGAAAGAGUCGAUUCGGUUCACCAACUAGAGAACAAACUGCAGAGGAGCAUAUUUUAACCAAUGCAAAUAUAAUUGCAUGUACACUUUCCUCUUGCUAUACCAGCUAUCGUAUGAAAGCUGUAUUUGGAACUAACAGAUUGAACAUACCUUUUUGUAUAAUAGAUGAAGCUUCUCAGGCCACGGAAAUUUUAACUUUAGUCCCACUAAUGUUUUCUGUCAACAGAUUAAUUUUAGUUGGAGACCCUCAACAGUUAACUCCAACCGUAUUAUCUCAGAAAGCAAAAGAAUAUGGGUACGAUCAGUCUCUUUUCGCAAGAGCGCAAAAAAUUUUUGAGAGUGAGUCCGAAAAUCCUAUUGUGAUGUUAGAUACUCAGUAUAGGAUGGUGAAUGCAAUCGCGGAAUGGCCAAACCGAUAUUUUUAUCGAGGAGCGAUUAAAAACGCUGCUUCCGUAGCCCCGCUAAAUUUUUGCAAUUAUAAAGUUUUAAAUCACUCAUACAGUCAAGAUUCUGAAGGUCAUUCUAAUCCAGAUGAAGCGACACUCGUAGCUGAAAUCGUUAAAGCUUUGAUCGAAAAAAAUAAAUCGAUAACCAGCGACAAGGAAAUUAGUAUUGGUGUCAUUACACCUUACAAAAGGCAAUGCAUGUUAAUAAAUGAUUUAUUGAAUCCACCCCAAGUGAAAAAAUUACUGAAAAAAGAUGCAGGUGAUGAUAAUCCUGAUAAGGAAAAUGAUGACGGUGGCAAAGAGAAUACUGAUACUGAUGAAAAAGUCAGCAAUGCUGAGGAUAGUAACAAAGAGAAAAAAGAUGAAAGUCAAGGAGAAAAAAAUGAUACAUCGAAGCGAAAAAAAAUUGAAGUCAACACUGUUGAUAGUUUUCAAGGCUCUGAAUGUGAUGUUAUUGUAAUGUCGUGUGUAAGAAGCGAAGGUAUUGGCUUUGUUAAAGAUCCUCACAGACUUUGUGUUAGCGUCACUCGAGCUAAGCACAGUUUAAUUAUGUGUGGUAAUUUCAAUACGUUCAGGAUUAAUGAAACAUGGGAAAAUCUUUUAAAUGAUGCUCAGUCUCGUGGUGUUUACGUCGAUAUUUCAAAAGAUGGAAUUCAAGCGAUAACAAAUCAUAUAGUUGUUAAUCAAAUACAUCAACCUGGAAAAAUUCAACAAAAGAAUUUUUCUAUCAAAUUUUUGAGUGGAAUCCUGCAUGGCUUGUUGACAAAAAUUAUGAAGAAGUACCUCCGCCUAUAA